CCUCCAGCUUCCGAGCGCUCCCGGAGGGCGCGCAGCACAUUCUGGUUCCAUGCACGCGCCGCUCGAGGCUCUGCUAAUUUAGCCUGUCCUCUUUGGGGUGCCUGGCACCCUCCAAUCUUUUUCCCUGCUGAGAGCCUGGCCGCAGAGACCGUACCCCCGGGGCGUGCUAAGCCGCAGGGAAGCCGGGGCGCCCCUCCGCCCGGCCGCCGGGCGUUCCUGUACCCGCAGCAGUGCUGGGGACUCGGCGGGACCUGCUGCACCUGGCCCCGAAGGGGCGGGGCGGGCGCGUCCCGGCAGCCGGGGGAGGUCCCGCCCCGGCCCCACCCUCCCCGCCGUCCGGUGGGGAAACCCGGGAGCGGCCCCGCGGCGCGUCUGCGGCUCUGCCUCUGAGCAACAGGGAAAAUAAAAGGAGCAAAGACAAACCCCGCUGCACGGGACCACAAGGCACUGCCAGGAUGAGGGAGUUGGAGUAACCUGGGUGAUUCUGAGUGAAUCAGUUAGGGAGGCCUUCCUGGAGGCGGCUGAGGCCCCAGCUUGUGGCCACCACGACGUAUCAAGCUAUUUCCAGUGUUGGGCUCAGCCAGCUGACGUGGCUGGGGUCCCCCUUGGCUCUGGAGGAUGAGGCUCCUCCGCAGACGCCACAUGCCCCUGCGCCUGGCCAUGGUGGGCUGCACCUUUGUGCUCUUCCUCUUCCUCCUGCAGAGGGAUGUGAGCAGCAGGGAGCAGGCCACAGAGAAGCCAUGGCUGAAGUCCCUGGUGAGCCAGAAGGAUCACGUCCUGGACCUCAUGCUGGAGGCUGUAAACAACCUUAGAGAUUCAAUGCCCAAGCUCCAAAUCAGGGCUCCAGAGCCCCAGCAGACUCUGUUCUCCACAAACCAGUCCUGCCUUCCUGGGUUCUACACCCCAGCUGAACUAAAGCCCUUCUGGGAACGGCCACCACAGGACCCCAAUGCCCCUGGGGCAGAUGGGAAAGCAUUUCAGAAGAGGAAGUUGACCCCCCUGGAGACCCAGGAAAAGGAAGAAGGCUAUAAGAAGCACUGUUUCAAUGCCUUUGCCAGCGACCGGAUCUCCCUGCAGAGGUCCCUGGGGCCAGACACACGACCCCCUGAGUGUGUGGACCAGAAGUUCCGGCGCUGCCCCCCACUGGCCACCACCAGCGUCAUCAUUGUGUUCCACAACGAGGCCUGGUCCACACUGCUGAGGACAGUGUACAGCGUCCUACACACCACCCCUGCCAUCUUGCUCAAGGAGAUCAUACUAGUGGAUGAUGCCAGCACUGAGGAGCACUUAAAGGAGAAGCUGGAGCAGUACGUGAAACAGCUGCAGGUGGUGAGGGUGGUGCGGCAGGAGGAGCGGAAGGGGCUGAUCACUGCCCGGCUGCUGGGAGCCAGCAUGGCACAGGCGGAGGUGCUCACGUUCCUGGAUGCCCACUGUGAGUGCUUCCACGGCUGGCUGGAGCCCCUCCUAGCUCGAAUCGCUGAGGACAAGACGGUGGUGGUGAGCCCAGACAUCGUCACCAUCGAUCUUAAUACUUUCGAGUUCGCCAAGCCCAUCCAGAGGGGCAGAGUCCAUAGCCGAGGCAACUUUGACUGGAGCCUGACCUUUGGCUGGGAAACACUUCCUCCACAUGAGAAGCAGAGGCGCAAGGAUGAGACCUACCCCAUCAAAUCCCCGACGUUUGCUGGUGGCCUCUUCUCCAUCUCCAAGUCCUACUUUGAGCACAUCGGUACCUAUGAUAAUCAGAUGGAGAUCUGGGGAGGGGAGAACGUGGAAAUGUCCUUCCGGGUGUGGCAGUGUGGGGGCCAGCUGGAGAUCAUCCCCUGCUCUGUCGUAGGCCAUGUGUUCCGGACCAAGAGCCCCCACACCUUCCCCAAGGGCACCAAUGUCAUUGCUCGAAAUCAAGUGCGCCUGGCGGAGGUCUGGAUGGACAGCUUCAAGAAGAUUUUCUAUAGGAGAAAUCUGCAGGCAGCAAAGAUGGCCCAAGAGAAAUCCUUCGGUGACAUUUCGGAACGACUGCAGCUGAGGGAACAACUGCACUGUCACAACUUUUCCUGGUACCUGCACAAUGUCUACCCAGAGAUGUUUGUUCCUGACCUGACGCCCACCUUCUAUGGUGCUAUCAAGAACCUCGGCACCAACCAAUGCCUAGAUGUGGGUGAGAACAACCGUGGGGGGAAGCCCCUUAUCAUGUACUCCUGCCACGGCCUUGGUGGCAACCAGUACUUUGAGUACACGACUCAGAGGGACCUUCGUCACAACAUCGCAAAGCAGCUGUGUCUACAUGCCAGCAACGGUGCUCUGGGCCUGAGGAACUGUCACUUCACUGGCAAGAAUAGCCAGGUCCCCAAGGACGAGGAAUGGGAAUUGACCCAGGAUCAGCUCAUCAGGAACUCAGGAUCUGGUACCUGCCUGACAUUCCAGGACAAAAAGCCAGUCAUGGCCCCCUGCAAUCCCAGGGACCCCCAUCAGUUGUGGCUCUUUGUCUAGGACCCAGAUCAUCCCCAGAGAGAGCCCCCACAAGCCCCUCAGGAAACAGGAUUGCUGAUGUCUGGGAACCUGAUCACCAGCUUCUCUGGAGGCCUUAAAGAUGGACUUCUAAGCCCACUGGGUGGCGAGGCAGGACUUUCCUACUCCUUGCAACAACACUGGGCCCAUUUUCUUUCCUUCACACCGACAGAAGAGACCAUUAGGACAUAAAUAAACCCUAUUUAGCCAAGGGUUUUCCUUCUGUCCUAGAAACAGAGGCUUCCAAAGCAGGGAAGGCAACUGGAGGAGGGUCCAGGGCAGCAAUGCUAAGCUCAAGAAACGUACUUCAGGCUGGGCACAGUGGCUCACGCUGGAAAUCCUAGCACUUUGUGAAGACAAGGUGGGAGAAUGGCUUGAGCCCAGGAGUUCAAGACCAGCUUGAGCAACAGAGUGAGGACCCCAUCGCUACCCACCCCCCAAAAAAAUAGCUGGGCAUAGUGGCUUAUGCCUGUAGUCCCUGCUACUCAGGAGGCUGAGGUGGGAGGAUUGCUUGAACCCGGGAGGUUGAAGCUGCAGUGAGCCUUGAUCAUGUCACUGCACUCUAGCCUGGGCAACAGGUGAGACUCUGCCUCAAAAAAAAAAAAAAAAAAAAAAGGAAAGGAAAAGUACUUCUACAGCCAUGUCCCAAUUCCUUGAUCAUCCAAAGUACCUGCAGAGUCCAGUGAAGUGGAAUAUUCUGGCCGGGCAUGGUGGCUCAUACCUGUAAUCCCAGUUCUUUGGGAGGCCAAAGAACUAGGUGGGCGGAUCACCUGAGGUCAGGAGUUUGAGACCAGCCUGGACUACAUGGUGAAGCUCUGUGUCUACUAAAAAUACAAAAAGUAGCUGGGUGUGGUGGCAGGUGCCUGUAAUCCCAGCUACUUGGGAGGCUGAGGCAGAAGAAUUGCUUGAACUCAGGAGGCAGAGGUUGCAGUGAGCCAAGACCACGCCAUUGCACUCCAGUCUGGGCAACAAGAGCAAAACUCCAUCUCAGAAAAAAAAGUAUAUUCUAACACACGGAUUAGAAGUGUAAGUAAGCCUCCCUUGCUAAUAUUACCUGAAGCUUAUAGAACCGUUUACAGAUAGCUCUCUGACAGGUGUCCUUUAUCUUACUUUAUCUGUACAAUAAUCUGAGAAAGACAGGACAGAAACCAGUGUGCCCAUUUUAUAGAUAAGAAAACUGAAACACAGAGGAUAAAGGGGUUUGUCUGUAGUCUCAGAGCUAGCAGAUGGCUGGAGCCAAGACAGGCUCGCUCUUCAGUGCUGAGCCAGGGCUGCUUCCACUGUACCACAAGAACACUAGACCACUUGCCACCAGCCUUUUCGUUCCCUCUUUCUGCAUUCUGAUUAUUUCUAACUGGGUGGCCUCCAUAGAGCCUAGAAAAACAGAGCCAGGGCCAGGCACAGUGGCUCACACCUGUAAUCCCAGCACUUUGGGAGGCGGAGGCAGGCAGAUGAACUGAGGUUGGGAGUUCAAGACCAGCCUGGCCAACAUGGGUGAAACCCCAUCUCUACUAGAAAUACAAAAAUUAGCCAGGUGUGAUGGCGCAUGCCUGUAAUCCCAGCUACUCGGGAGGCUGAGGCAAAAGAAUUGCUUGAACCCAAGAGGUGGAGGUUGCAGUGAGCCAAAAUAGUGCCGCUGCACUCCAGCCUGGGCAACAAGAGUGAAACCCUGUCUCCAAAAAAAAAAAAAAAAAAAAAGAAAAACAGAGCCAGGUAGCCAUUGUGGAGAGAGCACACUUAGGACUCCUGGGAUGUUAGUGUUAAAAGAAAGCGAAAGCUCCUGGAGCCGGUGAUUCUCAAGUUUAUCCCAGAUCCCUUUUUUCCAAAGCCCUAUGAAAAGGUAGAUAAAAAGCAAAGUAGUGUGAGUGAAAUUGGAAGAGGGACAGGCAAUGCCUCCCACCCCUAAGUUCUAAAGGUCUGGAAGCACAACGUGAAAAUUCUGCUAGCCCAACGCUAUCAUUUUCAUUUUCUGAUACUGAGUCCUGUUAAGUGAAUCUGUCCAAGGUCACCCAGCAAGGUGUCAGCAGCCCCGAGGGUAAGGACUCGGAUAAGGCUCAGGAGGGUCUUGGAAAGCCUGAGGCAGCAGGAAGAGUGUGCAGAGUUCAGCGUGCCUGGAAGGCUGAUCCACUGCUGGGCCCACGUGAAGCCCCGAUGGGGAGCAGACCCCACUGCAUAUGGCUCUGUUGCUGCAAGAAGAGUCCAUCUGCGCUGAGGAUGAAAAUUCCAUCCGGGAAGGCUUCUUUUGACUUUCAAUAGCAGGCUGUCACCACAUGAGGGUGCUAUGGGACCACAGCUGCCUCUUGUUCCCACACAACUCAAUCCUGCAGGAACCCUCCAGGUCCUUGAAAGCCUUCUGGACCCUAUACAGGAGACAUUCUGGGGUAGGCCAUCCAAAAGGAAAGCAGAGUGACCAGGGUACGACCUGAAGUAGGGAAGGGGAAAAGUUCCCGGAGAGAGAAAAGAAUUAGACGAGCGGUCUCCAAGGAAAUAAAGGUUUUCUGGCAUUGCUAAAGGAAA